CGUAUAACCUUCAAAACACGCGGUGCACGACGCACGUGUGGUCAUAAAGGAGGAGAAAUCAAUCUCGGCUGCACAGGCUCUGACGUCACGGCCUCUUUGAGGCACGGCCUCCAUUGUGUGGCACCGCACAAACCCUCGGCAGCUGCCGCCGCCACCACCGCCGAUACUGCCGCUACGCUCGGCUCGGGGGGGUGGGUGGGUGCCUCCGUCUGCAGCGAGCGGCAACGACCGGCUCCCGGGCGCCGUCGUCGCGAGCACCCGACGCGUGGCGCCAGCCGGUUGGAGCGCGGGCGGGUUUUUCCUGUGAAGCCGUCGCUGGUCCGCCCGAGGAGGAGCUCUUGGUGGGGUUAAAUCGUGGGCGUAUGCGCGCGCUAUUCUGCUUUUGGCUGCUUCUUCUUCUGCUGCCGCUGCUGCUGCUGCUGCAGCCAUGUUCAGCGCCGACUCGUCACUGGCCAUGUUCCUCAAUACGCUGACUCCCAAGUUCUACGUGGCUCUGACAGGCACAUCCUCGCUAAUAUCAGGCCUCAUCCUGAUAUUUGAGUGGUGGUACUUUCGCAAGUAUGGCACUUCGUUCAUCGAGCAGGUAUCGGUCAACCACUUGGGCCCUCUGCUGGGCGGCGUGGAGAACAACAACUCCCCAGGGUCGUCAUCGAGCAGCAACGGGGGCGAUGCAGACUCCAGUCGGCAGAACGUGCCAGAAUGCAAGGUCUGGCGAAAUCCUCUGAAUUUAUUUAGAGGUGCGGAAUAUAACAGGUAUACGUGGGUGACGGGGCGGGAGCCGCUGACCUACUAUGACAUGAACUUGUCGGCACAGGACCACCAGACGUUCUUUACCUGUGAGACUGACAACCUUCGGUCAGCUGAUUGUAGUAAGUACUGUGGCUCUGGCAAUGGACACAAUCAUUGUUCCCCGGACGCGAAGUCUUCAGUUUGCAGUUCUACCUCUUCCCCUGUCCCCAAGGGCGAUUGGCAAGCCAUGCAGAAGGCGUGGCGCGAGAGGAACCCCCAGGCCCGGAUUAAAGCCGCUCACCAGGCGCUGGAGCUCAAUAACGAAUCGGUCGGUGGAACAAAGACAGCUGCCACUAAAACUGGACCGGAAAACACCAAUUGGAGCAGGUGCGCCUCCGCCUACAUCCUGUUGGCGGAGGAAGAAGCCACGACCAUCGUCGAGGCGGAGCGGCUCUUCAAGCUGGCGCUCAAGGCCGGAGAAUCGUGCUACAGGCGCAGCCAGCAACUCCAGCACCACAGCACGCAGCACGAAGCGCAGCACAGACGGGACACCAACGUACUGGUGUACAUUAAGCGGCGGCUCGCCAUGUGCGCUCGCAAGCUGGGCCGCACGAGGGAGGCCGUCAAAAUGAUGAGAGACCUCAUGAAAGAGUUCCCUCUACCAAAUGUGUUAAAUAUUCAUGAAAAUUUACUGGAAGCUCUCCUGGAGCUACAGGCCUACGCAGAUGUGCAAGCCGUGCUGGCCAAGUAUGACGACAUAAGUUUGCCAAAAUCAGCAACAAUAUGUUACACAGCAGCGCUGCUCAAAGCCAGGGCGGUCUGCGACAAAUUCUCCCCAGAGACGGCCUCCAAGCGGGGGCUGAGCACAGCAGAGAUGAACGCAGUGGAGGCGAUUCACAGAGCUGUGGAGUUCAACCCCCAUGUGCCCAAGUAUUUGCUGGAGAUGAAGAGCCUCAUCCUGCCACCGGAGCACAUCCUGAAGCGCGGGGACAGUGAGGCCAUCGCGUACGCCUUCUUCCACCUGCAGCACUGGAAGCGGGUGGAGGGAGCGCUCAAUCUGCUGCACUGCACGUGGGAGGGCACAUUUCGAAUGAUUCCUUACCCACUGGAGAAGGGGCAUCUCUUCUACCCGUACCCCAGCUGCACUGAGAGUGCAGACCGAGAGCUGUUGCCAGUGUUCCACGAGGUAUCUGUUUACCCGAAGAAGGAGCUGCCGUUCUUCAUCCUCUUCACAGCGGGGCUGUGCUCCUUCACCGCCAUGCUCGCCCUGCUCACCCACCAGUUUCCGGACCUCAUGGGAGUGUUCGCCAAGGCUUUCUUCAGCACAUUAUUCGCGCCGUUCAACUUCAUGGUGGAGAAGAUCGAGAGCUUUCUUCCGUCCAGCCUGUGGCACCAUCUCACUCGGAUCUGACCACGUAGGCGGGAGGGGGGCGCGUGGGGGUGAAGGGGUCAGGCGGGGGGGGGGGCGGUGGUGGGGUGGGGGGGGCGGCCCUCCGGCCCGAACCGGCCUGGCGACGGCGACCACGGGGCAGGCCGCCCCCGAUUUGUGUGACCACACUCGCCUGGGACGUUUUGUGAACGGCCUCCACCGACGAGGAGAAUUUCUCAACGCAGAUGAACGACGGCAGCGGCGACACCCCCCCCCCCCCUUCCUUUCCGUGAUGGCGGCGCCAGCGAGCGAGCUUGGAACGGAACCGGUGGUGGUGGUGGUGGUGGUCGUCCGGGCAUGCAGCAGCUUCUCAGACUGGGCUGGCUUGCCACACGUGCCCCUCCCCCCCCCCCCCCUCUGACCC